UCAAAACACUCUCUCUGUCCCUCUCACUCUCUAACUCCACUCUCUCCUAUACUACCAACUAUUCAUUCAUUCAAUCAAACAUACUAUCAUAUACUAUAUUAUAUACACCAUCCCAUCAACCAUAUUUCUCACCAUGCAACCUUACUCAUUCUCCUACACAUGUGACACUGUUGACGAGUCCUCCAUUUCACUCUCACUUGGCCCUCCUGGUACUCACCACAAACCCAAACUAUUCUCCACAACAAAUCACUCACCUCCUACUACUCUUCAUCAUAAUCAUCACCAAAACCAAAACCAAAACCUUAACACUGAUGGUGAUGACCAGAAUGGUGUAACUGUUGCACUUCACAUUGGCCUUCCAACCACCAUAUCACAAAACAACACAACUAUUACCAAACCAGAUCAUCAUCAUCACUUGCCUUCACCGCCGAUUCAAGGUCAAUAUUGGAUCCCUUCUCCUGCUCAAAUCCUCAUUGGACCAACACAGUUCUCUUGCACAGUCUGCAAUAAAAUGUUCAACCGUUUCAACAACAUGCAGAUGCAUAUGUGGGGACAUGGGUCACAAUAUAGGAAAGGACCAGAAUCUCUAAGGGGAGUAAAACCAGCUUCAUCCAUGUUGAGGCUUCCGUGUUAUUGCUGUGCAGAGGGAUGCAAAAACAAUAUAGAGCAUCCAAGGUCAAGACCACUGAAGGAUUUCCGGACACUUCAGACACACUACAAGAGGAAACAUGGGGCUAAGCCAUUUGGGUGUAGAAAGUGUGGGAAGCCCUUUGCAGUGAGAGGAGAUUGGAGAACACAUGAGAAAAACUGUGGAAAACUUUGGUUCUGCAUCUGUGGAUCUGAUUUCAAACACAAGAGAUCACUCAAAGAUCAUGUUCGUGCUUUCGGCGAUGGCCACGCUCCACACACCGUCCAGAGUUGUGAAGAUCAGGAAGUUUUGUUAGGUGAUGAAUAUGAUGAUGAUUUUGAAGGAGAUGAAAAUGAUGAAGAUGAUGAUGAUAAUAUUGAUAACAUGGAUGGAAUGAUUUUUGGUUUUAAUUAAUAUUACCAUGGUUUUAAUAUUUUUGUGUAUGCAUAAUGCAUGCAUUAGUUAUACAUUUGACCGUGUUUUUCUAUGUGAGACUAUAAUAUUAUUGUUGUUAUUAUUAUUAUAGAUUGUAGUGUAGUUUUGUCUGUUGUGUGAGUGGUGUGAGACGAUGGAGACAAACAGUGAAAUGAAAGCUAAGGUUCUUCUAGCAUUGAAUGCAUGAAGUGGCAGUGUUAUGAAUUAAUUUCUUGUGAUAGUGAGAGUGUGUGUGUGUGACGAAAGGUAAGGACGGUAGUCAAGAGUAAUCAGUGACUGCAGAUGAGAGAGAGAGACAUGCAGACAAGGGCAGUCACAGAUUGUACUGUUCACAAACGUUGCAAUAGCUCAUCACUUGGCAUAGAUAUUGCACAGAGAAAAAGAGAGGGGGGAGUUAAUUUAAUCUGAUUCGAGGGACUCAGUGAUCAGUGAUACUACUGAGGUUGGACUAGC